UUACGUUGAAUCAGCGACGCCAUGCGGAACAUAGCACCAGUUGUUGCUCUAAUAUUUGCAGUCUUUUGGGCUGGCAGCGAGGCGGCUGCCCAGCGUCGGCCCGACGGACGGAUCGUCAAUGGCCGGGAGGCCAACGAGGGCGAGUUUCCCUAUCAGCUGUCGCUGCGCCGCCUCACCGUGCACAUCUGCGGCGCCUCUGUGCUGGACGGCAGCUGGGCGAUAACCGCCGCCCAUUGCAUUGACGGGCACGAAAAUCAACCGCAGGAGUUCACCCUGCGGCUGGGCAGCGUCAAACGUGCCAGCGGCGGCAGCCUGAUGCCUGUGCGUACGAUCUACAAGCAUCCCUCGUACGAUCCCAGGGACAUGAACUUCGAUGUGGCACUGCUGCGCACCCAGCCUGGCGCCUUGACCAUGGACCCCAAAGUAUCGCCCAUCGGCUUGCCGGAGUCGGGCGAACCGAUUGAGGAGCAUCUGUUUGCUGUCGUAUCCGGCUGGGGCUAUAUGAGCAGCACGGAAUCGGUGCUAUCCUCUGUGCUAAAAUACACAACAGUGCAAACGGUUAAUCAGGCAAAAUGUCACAACGAUUUGAGAUAUCAUGGCGGUGUCACCGAAGCCAUGUUCUGUGCGUCGGCACGUAACACGGAUGCCUGUCAGGGCGACAGCGGUGGCCCACUUACCGCUCAAGGCAGACUGAUUGGCAUUGUGUCCUGGGGCGUAGGCUGUGCUGAUCCCUACUAUCCGGGUGUUUAUACGCGCCUGUCACAUCCAUCUAUCAGGCGUUGGGUGCGCUUGCUAACCAAAUUGUAAAUUUAAUUGCGCUUUGACUGCUAAUCAAACCUAAUAAAUACAUUCAGAUCUA